AGUAAACUCUCUCAAUGAACUACGAGGCUUUUUAGAAAACAAUACUCUCUUUAGUUGAUCAUACAAGUCAAUUUACAAUUUUGAUCAGGACGACGAUCCACAGCGUUUUGUAUUUUUUUUAAUUGACAAAAUCCAAAUUGUCUAAGAAGCUUGAGAUACUACAGAAUGAAAGACUGGGUUUAAUGUAUGUUGUGUGUCAGACUGAGUGUAUAGAGGAGAGGGUUGGGAUGAGAGAAAGGGUCUAAACAUGAGACACAUUUUCAAGCGGAAUGAGCAGAAAUAUGAAGCAUCUCAAGAGAACGGGGAUGUACGGGACUUUGUCCGAUAUGCAUCCCGCACUUCCAGUCCGUCCCGGGGAAAUACAAAAGGGCCCACGUCAGGACGAGGACAUAUCUCAGGUCAAUGUCUUCAGGAAGGCUCAGUUUAAAAUCAAACUCGGUGAGAAAGUCCGACUGGCGAAGUUAAAACUGGCAGUCAUAUCCUUGGUGAAUUCGCCUCAGAACACUCCAGAUUGCUCGGACCUGGUCGAAAAAAUGUCAACGAUAAAUAUCGGAUGCGAUACUGAUGUGGAUUAAAUUCCUUAUAGUUUUCAAAAUUUAAAAUUAAAAUUUUUAUUUUAAA